UUGUUCGUUAAUCGACCCAAGAAUGAAAGCUUAGCUCUAAGGAGGCGGUCUGUGCAGGAAGUGAAAGAAGAGUUAAACCAAUCACUUUGUGCCCUUAAACGAAGUGCAAACAAACUUGUAGAUGCAAAGAGGAAGAAAACUCGUGAACUGGAAAAGUUGAAACAAACUAUGAACACACCCCUUGCUAACAUAAAGGAUGAAUACUCAAGUAGAGCUCGUCAAGUUGAAAAUUCCCUCGACAAAGUGAAGUUAAAAGCAGUCACCGCUCAAAAUAUUAUGAAUGUUUACAUGAAAGUAAAGAAUCAGCUAGAGGACCAACUCCGUAUGUACCCCAACAAAUUAAAGUUGUUGGAAAAAGAGAAAUCGGAACUUGAUCAGGAAUUGGUGGCCAUGAAUGUUGUCCAUGAGAAUGCAGCAACUGAGGUGGAAGUUGCACUGAAAGACAAGUCAUUGUUGGAAAACAAUGUACGACAGGAACGUAAGGAGCGUGAACUUACGUUGCGGCAGUUGCGACGGGAUGUGAAGAACAUUGAGCGUAAGAUUGAGGAACAACAACUUUAUCUGCAUAACCUGUCUCUGUCGAGGAAAUUAACACGUGUGGACAGUGCCCAAGUCCAGAAAGUUGCAAACUUGGCUUGAAAAGCUGAGGGAAGAUUGGAAAUGAUAAAGGAGUAUGACAGACAAGCCGAUCAACUGGAAAAAGUUACCGGAAUUCCAUUUACUAAUCUAAACAAUUUACUGUCCUGCUUACGAAACCAAAUCGACUCAAAUGAAAACUUAAAACAACAAACGAAGAGGAAAGCUCGUAAAACGGAAAACAUGCAAAGCUUACUCGGGAGAUUACAAAAUGAACUUCAUCAACUUAAAUAUCAACAUGAAGAAUUGAUACAAAAGAAAAUCGCUGCCACUGAAGUUAGAACUUCCAUAGCUGAGAAAACACGUGCAGAGAAAGAAAAACAAUUGUUCAACAAAAAACGACUUGCAGACGAUGUGAGGACAUGUUGCGAGUCAUUGUUGUCUCAUCUUAUUCGUUCCACCUCAAACAUGAGCAUUCGGAUCCCGACGCCUUAUCAUAAGUUUAAGACAGCCACUGAUAAAGAUCGUGCAUUAAGUUUUGAAUCUUGUAUGAAAGCUGUGGAGAUGGUGAAUGAUAGAGCUCGGGCAUAUUUGAAACAUUCAGCACUAAAUGAAAACACAAUACUGGAUUUGUCUUUGGUUAAUGAGGACAGCGACGAUCUGAUUCAUGAAAAUAACAACAGAAUACCAGGGCAGUUGGAAAGAAGAAUGUCAGAAGAGUUCGACAACUAUAAUGUCACCACCAAUGAUCGUUACGUUUCGAGGGAGAUGAUCAAGCAACAAGCAGAGCAGUAUACCGAUGUCACGGGGGGGAAGGAGACGAAACUGAAUAUUAUGUUUGACAAAGUUGAUAGAAUGAUUAUGUUUAGAAGUAUUAACUACGUUUAAAUCGAACAACAAGAAACCAUGUAAAACGCAAUCUUGG